AUGGGAAGUGCCGAGAAUACAACCAGUGGCCCAUUUACUAUUAGAACCAAUCGCCCAGGCGACAUAGGGAUGAUAACCCAUCGACAUGGUGUUCUAUACAACGAAGAAUUCGGAUGGGGAGAGCGCUUUGAAGCCCUCGUGGCCAGAAUUUCCGCCGAUUUCAUCGACCAAUUUGACCCUAAGCUAGACCGUUGCUGGAUUGCCGAACGAGACGGCAAAUUUCUCGGAUGCAUUAUGCUCGUCAAAGACCGAACUUCAGAGCAAAUUGUGGCAAAGCUUCGCCUGUUGCUGGUAGAACCAUGUGCCCGCGGACUUGGUGUAGGCCGGUCGCUCGUGCGUCAAUGCACGGAAUUCGCACGGGAUGCCGAAUAUUCCCGCAUUGUGCUGUGGACCCAAAGCAUGCUGACCUCCGCUCGUCGAUUGUAUGCGAAUGAAGGAUAUAAGCGUGUUGCUUCGAAGGAACAUGAGUCAUUCGGGGUGAAAUUGGUUGGGGAACUUUGGGAGUUGGAAUUGUAA